UCCACACAGUCGAGAGGAUGACCGACCUUCUAAAAAUAAAGUUUUUACUGGAUUCCAUUUCACUCUUUCUCCACCUUGUGCACGAUCUUCCACUACUGGAUUCCAUCUCUCUCUAUCUCCACUUGGACUCGAUUUUGCACCAAUGGAUUCCAUCUCUCUCUGUAUCUACUUGGACUCGAUCUUCCACUACUGGAUUCCCUCUCGCUUUACCUCCACUUGGACUAGAUCUUCCACUACCUAGAUCAGUUCUUCCACAAUCUUCAUCUUAUUCACCAUUCGGAUCAUUCACCACUGGAACUCCACAGAUCACAACAUCUACAUCUUAUUGUGUUUAGUGAAUUUUUGAACUAGUGUUUUUAAAUAGUAAAGGGAGCCGAACUGUCAAGGCAUACAGAAUGCACUCGAAUCAAGAGGCUUU